AGAAACUGCGCGAGUGCGGAAAGGAUUCCAACAUGGCCGCCACCGCAGCGGGUGAGUCGGGCUGCAGUAGCAGCAGCGGGACAGAACGCAGCGAGGAGCCGCUGUUGUCACUGCCGCCGGCUGCGGCCCGGGAGAUCAUUAAACCCUCCGUAACGGAGCUGACAAAGGUGCGGACCAACAUCCUGUGCACAGUGCAGGGAUGCGGCAAAAUCCUCCCCAACACCCCGGCGCUCAACAUGCACCUCGUCAAGUCUCACAGAGUCAAGGAGGGUAUCGUCAACCCUACGAUACGAAAGGAUAUGAAAGGUUCACAGAAGCUCUACUGUUGUCCGAUAGAGGGCUGCCCCAGAGGACCGAACAGACCUUUCUCCCAGUUUGCUCUGGUUAAGCAGCAUUUUAUGAAGAUGCAUGCAGAGAAGAAGCACAAAUGUGUCAAGUGCAGCAAUGGAUACAGCACAGAAUGGGACUUGAAGAGGCAUACCGAGGAUUGUGGAAGGACCUACAGUUGUACAUGCGGUUGUCCGUACGCAAGUCGAACGGCACUGUUGUCACACAUUUACAGAACUGGUCAUGAGGUUCCCAAAGAGCAUAGGUAUCCACCUGUGAAGAAAAGAAAAAUGGAGAAACUAUCUCGCAGUGCAGCAAAACUUGAGCCUAAUGGACAGACUGAUGAAAUAGAAGUCACUGAAGGAGCAUUUCCUGCUGAAGGAGCAUCCCACACUCCAGAUUUACCACAACACAACCCCAUCCCCUCGAAAAACCUCCAAAAGCUUCUCCUGCCCAUGCCGAAAAUGGCUUUAGUCAAUGUCCCUGUGAUGCAGCUAGCACACUUGCCCGUCCUCCUCCCGCCGGCAGAGAGUGGUGCCUUGAGAUCCGUGGUCUUGACGGUGGACACCCAAGGGUCCGUCAGUACCUUGCAUCUCAUGCCUCAGUCACUUGGUGCAGUGGUACCUCCGUUAAACACUAAAGAUGUCAAAGAAGCCAUGCCCGUUUCCAGAUCAAACCUGGAUGCUAUCAGUACAGGGAUCCAAGUCAAUCUGGAAAGCUUGGUCUCGGUUGAUGAACCAGUUAAUGAUUUGGGAUCAAGAAGUAAAAGUACCUCAACCAACAUUCAAACAGAUAUCUCAUUCCUCAAUAAGGGACCUGUUGGAGGAGUCAAUAUCAGUCCCACAAGCGAGGCCUCCGUUUCCUCUGGUUCUCAAACUGACAUUAGUGUGAGUGCCCAGAUCCAGCUACCGGUCAGUGUUCAAACUCAGACGUUCCCCUUGAGGUCCAAAGUCACGUCCUCCAUUGGGGCCCAAACCGAAACGCUCAGUCAGAUACCGUUCCCUUCUGGUAACAUGACGAGGGAAACUCAGACAAGUUGCUUCCCAGCAGCUUCAGUAAAUAAGACCCAAAUGGACCAAGCGAUGGCGUGUGCAAACAUUUUUGAUUCCGAUAUGCUCAGCGUCUCUACGCAGACUACAGUACAUGGCGGGCCUUUUGGCACCAAUGAUCUUGAUCCCAUGAGCACGGAAUCAGGAUUUUUUGAAGACAAAACUGCUUCAUCCUUGUGCUUUGGAGCUCAGAGAGACAUUUUGCACCAAAACACGGUAACUGACAAUCAGACUCAGACGAUGACCCUUUUCAGUGAUCUGGAGAACAUCCUUUCUGACAGCAUGGCAAGUGGAGCACAAAGCUGUGGAUCAGGCCUGGUUCCAGUCCAAGAGCAGCACACGGGCAUCGACUUUGACAUUGAGGAUUUCCUCAACGCGACCCAUAUUCAGACUCAGACAGACGAGAGUGCCUUGGGAGGCUUGAGCUCUGAGACGCCCCUGGAGCUCCUCGACAUUGAGACGCAAACCGACUUCCUCCUGUUUGAUAACCUUGGGGAUGGCCAGAAUAGUGAUGUCGGCACCAGGGUCCAAACGAAUGAUCUUGAGCUGGAGAUGUUUGACACACAAACCCAAACAGAUCUGAACUUUCUGCUUGACCCCAGUGGUCACAUGUCCCUUGGGAGCAUCCUAAGACACUCCAGCUUCAACAUGAGCACUGAGUCGUCAGACACCGAGACCCAGACUGACACCAGGGCUCCUCCACCUCCUCUUCCCCUGUCUUGUUCCAAUGAUGGACAGAUCAGACUUAGCAGCACUGAAACGCAGACAGUCUCCAGUUCCUCCAGCCUGGGCCAGCUUUUUCUAACCAGCAACGAGACGCAGACGGUCAUGGACGAUUUCCUGUCAGCAGACCUGGCUUGGAAUAUGGAGUCCCAUUUCAGUUCGGUGGAAACCCAAACCGGUGAAGAUCUCUUGUCUUUGUUUCAACACUCGGACAAAGCCAUCAGUUGAGCGCUUUGCCGUUAUGGCUUGUCUGUAGUGGGUUGGAUGUCGGCAACGUUACGAAGGAACUGUUUCUGAUGAAUUGCCCAGAGGUGGAUGAUUUGGGCCAACAGAUGGCAUUCUUCGUUAAAGGGCUCAGUUUGGAAGGCACUUGUGGCAAUUGAGCUCGCUUGUAGUUAUUUGGCAUCUUGAGUCAUUCCACUGCAAGUAGCCUCAAAGCUUAAAGAGCUUUCACUAGUACUGUUUGGACGGGAUUAGGUUUACAUAUAAACGUGAACUAAUUUGCAAUAUUUGCUCUUCGACUUUUAUUUCCAGAUCAUCUUCUCAAGAAAAUUUCACAAACGGGAAAAGACGUAUCCUCUCCCAACAAACUAUUUGGUACGAGUUAUAUAAUUUGCAUCGACGUACUCUCUACACUCCGAGUGCAUUAGCAGGAGAAACGAAAUAAAAUAAAUUUGAAGAGUGUAAUCCUGAUUUUAAGGCUGAUUUAUGGGAACUGUUAGAACGUCAGCUACUGUUGUAUGCGUGUAUUACACAAUAUAUCAUGCAAAUUUAGUUUUUGAGUAGGAGUGCGAACCUGCGUCUUUCCCUCAGCCGUGAUACAAUUCAACGGAGUUCUGAUCCAGUUCACGAUCAAAUCAGGUUUUCUACCAUGGGAACUUCUUGAGGUUGAUGAAUUCAAGAGGGAAGCAAAAAGAGAGGCCAGUGAAGGAGAAUAACAGGAAUUCGCUUGUUUUGCAGACGUUCCGCAACUUGAAAUGGAACCAACCGAUAAAAAUUCUGCCGUGCAAAGGCAAACUGCAGUAUCUGCAUAUUGUGUCGGUGGCAAAAGACAGUCCAGUUGCGUCACCGAUUCGCUAUUGGACUGUCUCUUGCCACCGACACAUUAGUACCUUUUGAUCUUAUCACCCCAUCCAUCGGCGAUGGACCCCCCCCCCGUGAAGCCUUUUGAGGAAGUUUGGAACAGUCAAGCGCCCUAAUCAUUGUUUCAUCAACGGAACCCUCUGCAGAAACUCGUCCCUCUUGCGUUAACUUAAUAUCCACCCGGACACAAGAGGAGACGCGUAAAGAAGGUACUGCAGACGUCUCUCAAAGAAGCUAACCCAGUCUAAAUAGGGCUUUCAGCUGCACUUUAUCAUUUCAUGGCCGUCAUUUGAUUUGACUGCUCCUUAACAUGUUUACUUUUAUUUGCACAUUUUGUUUCAUACCCUUUGUUAAAUGGUUGUUUUUUUUAUUUCCGUUAGAACAGGAUAUAUCCUUUUCGAUGAUGAUCGUGCUACUAUGUAGUCGUAAAUUUACAGUGUGGCUCAAGUCUAAAAUGAUUGACGUAUAGAAAUGACGUGUUCAACUUUUAAAAAAUCAGAUUUCUUGUGAAAUUUGGAUAUUUUCUUGUUUGGCUGCACUGUAAGGAUAAUUUGUGUCGUGUUUUUGUUUUAUAGUGUCUAAUUGUUAAGCAAUCAGUUGCUACAGAUGUUUUUGCUCUGACUACAGCAGUACCUAUAUAUAAUAUUGUUUUGCUUUAGAAAGCAUCUGGUUUAAAUUAUUCUAAUGUAUGCAUGUUGCAUCGCAUAUAUCAGUGACCUUUAACAGUUGAGCUCAGCGCGCUACGAUUCUAAUGAUUUGCAUUCUGUACUGUGAGUGAGUGAGUGAACAUGCAAAUCGCAGUUGUUUACAGCAAGAUGGAACCUUUAACGAAAUCUAUAACGAAAGCAUGUGACGUUUCUCAGAAUGUAGACGUUUUCACUUUAAGCACUACUUGCGAUUAUAGCUUUUGUGUCGGUGCCUUAAUUUAAGUGGUAAAUAUAAACACACUUGAUGUAAAGCUCCAGUGACCAUCGCGGUUUUAUUUUGUACAGCUAGUGUCGCUUUCUUUUUUUCUUUCCGAACACUUUAAAAUGUAUUUAUUUCCAUCCGUGUUUAUUCAUCGUAUUGUGCGUGUUUGUUUUUGUUUCUUUCCCCUUUCCAUUGUGUCAUCUUAUUUCAGUAUUUAUAACACAACGUGGUAUGCUCCGCCUACCUGCUUGGUCCAUCGUUUUUUUUGUUUUGUUUUGUUUUUUUUAAAUUUAUAAAUCCCACUUUCCCCAGGCAAGAGAAUGUAAAUGACACUGUGUCGCAUUGGAACCAAAAGGUUUUCUUUUAGUUUGUCUUCAGCCAAGGCCCAUGUUUGUUUGUAUCCAACCAUUAUAUACACUAGCAGGAACGAACAAAAACAUAUCGCUGUAGAUUACUUGAAAUUAUCAGUGUAUACUUUGGGUUUUCAGUAGAGCGCGCAUGCAGUCCUGUUUGUGCCAAAAAACCAUGUCCGGAGUUCAAUUUUUAAUAUAUAUAUAUAUAUAUAUAUAUAUGAGUGAUUCCAUGCUUAUGGGGACAUGAACUUAUUUUUAAAAAUUCACCUAAAA